AUGGACUAUGAAUUCAGCGGAGCUACUCCUGCAACACUGGCAGAAUUCAACUUGGCCGGUGGAGUUGACAACUUGCAAACGUUUUACGACAUUUCUCUCGUCGACGGAUACAACAUACCCAUGGGGAUCAAUUACAUCCCGGCCAAGAACACCACCUUCAUUCCACCGAACCUCACAAACUGUGCAUGCAUUGCCACCACAGGCUGGGUGUACUCGCCAGCAGGCAAUGGCACCUUUUACUCCAACGUGACAUAUCCGAUUCCCCUAGAGUCGGAGGAGACGAACGAGAGAAACGGCAUCUACCCCUAUCCUGACGACAAUGUUGAGCGGCCUGCCUUUGCCCCAUGCAACAGCGCCUGCGCGGCCACUGGAACAGACAAGGACUGCUGCAUCGGCAAGUAUCAUGAUCCCCACAUCUGCAAGCCGUCGCAGUAUAGCAAGUCAGUCAAGGCGGUAUGCCCAGACGCCUAUAGCUUUGCCUACGAUGAUCAGCAAUCGACCUUUAUCAUCCCCAAGGGCGGCGGCUGGGAAGUCGUCAUGUGUCCCGAAGGCAGAUCAACUGAUAUUCUCCGCAAGCUGGGCUCGGAGAUGUUUGAGUUGGCGAGUGGUAGUAAAUUAUCGCCACACACUCUCAAGAGGCUCCGAAAUGCAACUUAUGUCAUGGAAGAACGUGGGUCUGCGGGCAUCGUGAGACCAUGGGCACUCAUGCUGAUGAUCUGCGUCGCUGUUGCUUGUACCUGGGCCAUAUUCUAA